GAUCUUUAAAAUGAAGUUUAUGUUGAUUGUGACGAUUGGAUUGUCGAUGAUUUGUCAAUGUUUUUCUAUGGAUGGUUUUCAACUGAAUCAAACGAGACCGACAACAAUCACCAAUAGUCUUAGAAUUGUUAAUGGCGAUAUAGUUCCCGCUGACAGUUCUGAUUAUUUUUUCCUCGUAACAUUAGCUCGUCUAGAAGAAUACGGAAGUUUAUUUUCAUUUUGUGGUGGUGCGAUUCUGAGACGAGACGUCGUUAUAACGGCUUAUCAUUGUUUAGAAGGGGAGGAUCUAAGUAAGGUUUUCAUUCGUCCUAAUUACGACAAUACUAUUAACGAUAUACCGUUAGAGCUUUAUUAUGGAAUCUUGAAGGUUAGCUAUCGUGAAGAAGCUUAUAUGAAUGAUAUUUGUCUUGUAUUUUUGGAUGCACCGAUUGAGUUUAGUGAUCGUGUUAAUUCAAUUUCCUUGCCUUCAGAAGAAAUCAUGGAUGGAACCAGUGUAUAUGUUAUGGGUUUUGGUCAAUUAUGGUUUAAUGGACCUAUUUCGAUGCAACUUCGAGUCGCUCGUCUCAUCAAACAGCGUGAUUUUCUCUGCUCUCAGACUUGGCCCAUUUCUUUCCAUGCUGAUCGUCAAUUUUGUACUGCUGGUCCGAUGGGUGAAGAUUCGUGCCUGGGAGAUUCUGGUGGACCUUUGAUUUUAAUGGAAGGUAAUAAACUCGUUAUUGGGGGUAUUGUUGCAUUCGGACCAGUGGUUUGUGGAACAGAUUUUGGCGUUAAUAUGAAGGUUCUUGCUUAUGUUGAUUGGAUUCAAAGUCUUUUAUAGUCGAAAUCUCGAUUGUAAUAAGAAUUAACUUGCAAAUUAUUCUUAAUCAAAUUAAUAUUUAAUAAUAUAAUAUUAUAAUAUAAUAUUAAAGGGGUAUGUCAACCCUAAAACC